CUUCAUCUCUCCAUAUAACCACACUCUCCCCCAUAUGAAACUCCAUCUUCUUCACACAUUAUAUCAUAUCCAAACAAAGCCCUACCUUCACUAUUCAUCAUGAUGAUGACCACUGCUACACCGAUUGCCGUUGCUUCCCCAAUCUCAUCGACCCCUCGUCUAUUUCCUUCCCAAUGCCUCGCCAAUCCAAGAUUCGAAUUGACGACCAAGGCUCAGUUAUCGAAUCAACGCAACCGUAGAAAUGGUAAUGACAUCGGCAACAAAGGCAGAAAUUUUAACUUCAGUUGGAUGGCUACAGUCGGAGAGAAUGUGAUGCCAACAACGCCGGUGACGCCUACAUCGGUGCCGGUGCGUGUGGCUCACGAGCUUCAUCAAGCCGGCCAUCGUUAUUUAGAUGUGAGAACUCCUGAAGAAUUCGCUGCUGGACAUGCUAUUGGUGCCAUUAAUGUUCCUUACAUGUUCAGACUCGGAUCUGGGAUGUCCAAAAAUCCCAACUUUAUUGACGAAGUCUCAUCCCACUUUGGGAAAGACGAUGAAUUUCUCGUCGGAUGCCAAUUGGGGAAAAGGUCGCUCAUGGCUGCCACGGAUCUUCUUUCUUAUGGUUUUACAGGUGUAACGGACAUAGCAGGUGGAUAUGCUUCGUGGAAUCAAAAUGGGCUUCCGAUUGAGUCUUGAAAUUUGCAAAAUGUGAAUAAAAAUGGAAGCAAAUAAGAGGAUCAUUGUUAGUUUGUAAAUAAAAACAAGUUUAGAUGGUUCUUGAUCCAUGCAUGUAUGGAUCAUAACAUUGUAUACAAAAAUUAUGAAGAAAAAGUUUUAUUAGACCUCGAUUA